AUGGGGAAAUUGGUGGGAUUCUGUUCAAUGGCAUCCACUCUGUUUCUUAUUAUGGGAGUUUUACCUUUGGCUUUAGCAAGAGGACAUGAUUACGGAGAAGCUCUAAGCAAAAGCAUUCUCUUCUUUGAAGCUCAGAGAUCCGGUUAUCUACCCGGUAAUCAAAGAGUUAAAUGGAGAGGAAAUUCAGGGCUCUUCGAUGGCAAAGCAAAUGGGGUGGAUCUGGUGGGAGGGUAUUAUGAUGCAGGGGACAACGUGAAGUUUGGGCUUCCAAUGGCGUUUACAGUGACGAUGAUGUCAUGGAGUAUAAUGGAAUACGGGAAUCAAAUGGGUGCGAGUGGUGAGCUUAGUCAUGCCAUGGAUGCUGUGAAAUGGGGCACUGAUUACCUCAUUAAAGCUCACCCUGAACCUCAUGUUCUAUAUGGAGAGGUUGGAGAUGGUAACACAGAUCACUACUGUUGGCAAAGACCGGAGGACAUGACGACUUCUCGAAAUGCGUACAGAAUUGACCAAAAUAACCCUGGCUCUGAUCUAGCUGGAGAGACUGCCGCCGCUAUGGCAGCCGCCUCCAUCAUCUUCCGCCGCUCAAACCCUGCGUACUCGCGGGAGCUUCUCACCCAUGCCUACCAGCUUUUCGAUUUUGCGGACAAAUACAGGGGUAAAUACGACAGUAGCAUCACGGUGGCCCAGAAGUACUACCGAUCCGUCAGUGGAUACGCUGAUGAAUUGCUUUGGGCAGCUGCUUGGAUGUACAAGGCAACAAGCAAUGAGUACUACUUAGAUUACCUUGGUAAAAACGGCGACGUUCUAGGCGGGACUGGGUGGGCCAUGACGGAGUUCGGGUGGGAUGUCAAGUACGCCGGCGUUCAAACCCUCGUCGCCAAGUUUCUAAUGGCAGGUAACGCCGGUGGAAAUGCUCCGGUGUUCGGAAAGUAUCAAGAAAAAGCUGAAUUUUUCAUGUGUUCGUGUCUCGGGAAAAGUAGUCAAAACGUUCAGACAACUCCCGGCGGAUUAAUUUUCCGGCAACGAUGGAACAACCUGCAAUUCGUCACAAGUGCGUCGUUCCUCCUCACCGUCUACUCCGAUUACCUCACCUCCGCCGGGAAAAACCUACAUUGUUCCUCCGGCGCCGUCGCGCCGUCGGAACUACUCUCAUUCGCUAAAUCUCAGGUUGAUUACAUACUUGGUGAUAAUCCGAGAGCGACGAGUUACAUGGUUGGGUAUGGAAGCAAUUACCCACAACAAGUUCAUCAUAGAGGUUCGUCGAUUGUUUCAGUCAAAGUGAACCCGUCGUUUGUAAGCUGUAGAGGUGGUUAUGCGACGUGGUUUAGUAGAAAAGCGAGUGACCCGAAUCUGUUGACUGGCGCCAUUGUUGGUGGACCUGAUGCGUAUGAUAACUUUGCGGAUCAAAGAGAUAAUUAUGAACAGACUGAGCCUGCUACGUAUAAUAAUGCCCCUCUUCUUGGUAUUUUGGCUAGGUUACAUGGGGGGCAUAACGGGUAUAAUCAAUUGCUUCCUGUUGAAAUUCCUGUUGCUAAGCCUAUCGCUGUUCAACCGAAGCCUAAUCCAGUAAAAGAAACUCCAUUUUCAGCUCCAAUUGCAAUUGAACAAAAGACUACAACUUCAUGGGUAUCAAAUGGGAAAACAUACUACAGAUACUCAACUAUAGUAACAAACAAAUCAGAGAAAACAAUCAAGAACCUUAACCUAUCAGUCUCCAAGCUCUAUGGUCCAUUGUGGGGCCUAGCCAAGAGUGUAAGUGGGUCCUACGGGUUCCCAACAUGGGUUAGCUCAUUGCCAGCUGGCAAAAGCAUAGAGUUUGUGUACAUCCAUUCUUCUUCACCUGCAGAAGUAUCGGUUUCAAGCUACACAUUGGCAUAAUUCAAGAUUACAAAAUCAAGAUCAAGUUUUUUUGAAAAAAAAGAUUUGUUUAGGAGUACAAGAAGAAGUGGAUUUUUAAUUGUGGUUAUUUAAAGGUGUGUAAGAAUGGAGGAAGAAAGGAGUGAAGAGAGGAUUUAAAAGAAGUGCUCAUCCUCUUUCUCAUCCUCUUUAAUAUUAUUAGCAUAGAAUGGGAAAGAUAGAUUAGGGUUGUUUGUUUUUACUACAAGUUAGCUUUUUAAAAGUGUUUCUGGUGUGUUUUGUGGUGUACAUUUGGCAAAACCUUAAGUUUCUAUAUGAAUAUAUACAUUAUGUUACUCAUUAUUUGUUUUGCUUUUAUAAUAUAAUAUAGGACGAAUUUCAU